UGGUUCAUUUGCCAGAAAUUUAUUUACCGGCAAUACCAUAUAUAAAGUCCCUCAAUCAAUCGGGAAUUAUGAGUUUCCUAAAGAUAUCGAGAUCCCGAAAAAUAUAACUCCUCCAGAGGGCAAUAAAUUUAAAUUUCUCUUAUACGUUAGUGGAUGGAGCUUGCAUCAAUGUACCAGUAAUAAUACAUGGGUGUUCGAGGAAAGUCGUGCAUUAUUUUUCAAUAACGAAGAAGACCUAGAUCUCUAUCCAACUUCUGCAGUGGCUUCGACAUACAAAAAUCCGAAUCAACAAGCUGGUAUCACUUCGCUCGGCAUUAGAUCAAUUAUCCCGAAAAAUGAUACCUCAGGAUGUAUUACAAUUGCAAUUGUUGGAAUACCGAAAUCUGAUCCACAAGAUAUUCUUUUAGGACUUGAAAAGACCAGCAAUAACACAGGAGAAGGUGCAUUUGACGAUGUUAGUUAUAUCGUCCGUCCUCUUACUAAAGGUGGGCAUCCUCCGACAGAUGCACAAUGUGGUUCUGAAGAAUACCCAGUAGGCUAUAUUUAUUCUUCACCAUUUAUC